GUACUAUAGUCUUGAACUGUAAAGCUCUUUAUGAAGGCUAGUUUGAUAAACGUAUAUAUAAAUGGAGCCCAGCGAGUGCGAAACUCAUCGCUUUGAUUUUAACUUCACCCAUCAUUCAAGAAAAGAAAAUGCAAGCGACGGAACCAUACAUCGAUUAUCCCGAUCUAAAAGCGACCAGAAUCAUCCCAGAUCCCACAAACAUUCUGCUGGGAAGAAAAGCAAGUCUAAGCCUAUUGACAACGUUGUAAUGAACUCAAAGGGUUCUCCAUCAGAAAGCAACAACUUACAAGAAUCUGUAACUGGCAGUAAAAAUAUCUUUGACCCUCAAACUCCAAAACUUCCACGCGCAUUUUCCGUCCAGUAUCUGGGAAAGCGUUUCGCCCGUGGAUUUUUGGGAAUUAAAAACAUCAGGCAACCAGUAGAUGAGCUUGUUGCCGACUAUCGAACAAAACUGCCCCAAAAGUCUCGGGUUAUCCUUAGGAUCGAAGUAUCCUUGGAGGGUAUUAAGGUCAGUGCGAUGUCCCAAAGCAGUAAUUCCAACUUUGAAACGAAGAGAUACCCCAUUAAUCUAAUAUCGUACUGUGCUCAGGAUACCGUGUACGAUCGAAUAUUUGCCAUGAUAGUUGUCCAGGACAGUAAAAACUCCUUAAAACAACGUUCCUCCGAGUGUCACGCUUUCCUCUGUGAAAAACACCACAACGCUCGUGAACUUUCUCUGUCCCUGACUACAGCUUUCCAUGCUAACCGUAGGAAGAAGGAAUUCCAGCAACAGGAGAACGAUUCAGACGCAUGAAUUCGUUUCUUUUCUCUUUUCUUUCAAUUCCUUGUUGUUUCGUGUGGACUUGUAAACUCUCCGUUUAUCAAGAGGACAGGUCUGUUGGUGCUUUAGGGAAAUUCUUGCUGUAAUAAUCUUUGCUGUAAUAACAUAUUUACAUAACAGGUUUGUGCACUAGAUUUUGUACACAUGCUGUUACUCAAUCUGUAAUAUGUCCUGUUAUAUCGGUGUAAUAAGCAACUUUCAGGGACAAUCUAAAGAACAAAAAUAAGGUAAACGAUUUAAGCUAGUUGGUUUGUUUAUCUCUAAUUCCGAUAUCAAAUAUGGCAUUACUUUUCAAAAUAACUACCACAAGGUUUAGCGUUUCCAAUGUUUGAGUUUUAAUUAUCUGUACCAGCAACCUUCUAAACGUAUCAUUCUAAAUUCUUUUAUUCGACGACAUUUUUAUGGUUUCGUUUGUUUACUUGCCUGUUGUUAAGCACAAAGCUACACAAUGGGCUAUUUGUGUUAACAGCAAGGGUAUUGACACCUGACAUUUAGCGUUAAAAGCCUUCAAACUUACCGCUAAGCUUUCAGUUUUAUAAACGCUUUGCUCCUCCGGCAACAUUUCCAAAGUGGCACUUAACAUGCUGUGGGAAGAUCUGAAUGUCAAUAAAAAUUUAGGGCUGACUUAGGAAACUUGGAUAUUGAUUCUGAGACAAGUGUCUGAGACAAAUGAAAGAAGAAAAAUUCAUUUCCAUUCUUCAAACUUAAACCUAAAUAAAACGUCAGUAUAAGAAGAUGUAACAGUCAACCUCUCUAUGUGGUCAAGAGCAGAGGGCACUGCUAACUCGCUGAAUGACCUCAUUUCUGGUCAAUCUCGCUGUUGUAAACACUACAAAUUAAUUAAACGUAUUUCUGUUUCGUGCGUAAAACAUUAUUGGGACUAAAACGUUGUAGAAGAGCCAAACAACCACGAUUUACAAACUUAGUACACAUUACGUCACGACUAUGACAGGAUGAAUAGGUGAUAGGACAGUUCCCUAUGUUUAAGAUCGAUCGCUUUAAUUCGGCCAUUCAAGUUUAGGCAUUUGUGACUUCGCUAUCAUAUUUCUUAUGUCCACAAUAAUAUUGACCUCUGAUCAAGCAUAAACUACAACUAAAAGUGAAUCCGUAAUGAAUACAGCUACUUAAAUAUACUGUUCUAACGUUUAUAUAAUAUAAUUAUUAGAGCCCAUUGUUUCGUCAGUUGGGUCACAUUUUCGGCCGUAAACCCAAUAAUACUUUAUCGAGGUUCGACCAGCUUCGGAGAUUCGGGUUACUUCUACAUCCAUAUACUAUACCAAAAAUGCAAAGAAAUCUCUCUAAUAAAGAUACAUUUUAAACGUUCUAAUCAAUACUGAUUAUGAAAGUAACAUUAAAUAAAUAAUACAGUAUGCUUUACUUAAUUUAUCUGUACCUGUUUGCAAAAUUGGAAUGUUUUUUACAUUGAACCAACCAAAGUAUUGUAGAGAUUUGCAUAUUUACAAACUUAGUGUCGCAUGUGGAAUUUCAACAAGUAACUAAAACCAUAAUUAUCAAUCUCUUACUUCCUACCCCCAGUGGCUCAACAUGAAUUCUGCAGGCUAAAAACCGAGGUUCGAUACCCGCGGUGGACAGAGCGAGAAAUGUGUCAUAGUGUAGCUUCGUGCUUAACAACACAACCAACCAGUCUUUUACUGUGAUCGCUCCUAGCGACUGAUUAAUUAACCAUAACACAUUGCAAUCAAGAUGACACAAUUUAGAUAAUGUUAACGAACUUUACCGGAGAGACACAGGGGUUCAAUAAUCUAGGUUAUUUUUGAUUAGUUAUUAAACCUCAAUAGCUUUUGGGUAUUGUUUAAUGGGGGUGUUAUCUUUAUCAGGACUUCAGAAAGUAUUUAGGAUUCAGUUACUUUACGUUAGAAUCUGCCUCAGGUUGUAGAUGUGUAAACAAAGUUAAACUCAGUAAAUAGUCUUGAUUGGAUGUGUAAACAAAGUUAAACUCAGUAAAUAGUUUUGAUUGGAUGUGUAAACAAAGUUAAACUCGGUAAAUAGUCUUGAUUGGAUGUGUAAACAAAGUUAAACUCAGUAAAUAGUCUUGAUUGGAUGUGUAAACAAAGUUAAACUCAGUAAAUAGUUUUGAUUGGAUGUGUAAACAGAGUUAAACUCGGUAAAUAGUCUUGAUUGGAUGUGUAAACAAAGUUAAACUCAGUAAAUAGUCUUGAUUGGAUGUGUAAACAAAGUUAAACUAAGUGACUGGUGUUAAUUGGAUGUAUAAACAAAGUUAAACUCGGUAAAUAGUCUUGAUUGGAUGUGUAAACAAAGUUAAACUCGGUAAAUAGUCUUGAUUGGAUGUGUAAACAAAGUUAAACUCGGUAAAUAGUCUUGAUUGGAUGUGUAAGCAACAAACAGACAUUGGAAGUACAUACAAAAGCUAAAUUAAAUAUUCCCAUCAAAAAAUACCUGAAACUUUAAAUAUAUUUCAUACAAUAGACCAUGCGUUAUGAAAGCAGCGUCCUUAUGUCAUAACAAACGCAUGCGCAAAAGGCUUAAUGAACAGCGUCUAAAUCUUCCCAAGCUCUUGAAAACGUUAUCAUCCACACUUAACGAUUAUUAUCGUACAGUUUACCACACCUUACAUGGUUAUCUCAACAAUAAUUACAAUACUAGCAUCAUAUAAAGACUGCUCUGUGUCAAAAAAUGAGUAUACGUACAUACUUUUUUUUUUACAUCUGUGUAACUUUGCUGACUCGAAUAAAUAUAUCAACCACUCGUAAUUAUUGUUAUCUUUCACAUUUUAGGUUUGUCGUGUCACAAAUCUAUCUCCUCGUUUAUUUUAUAGUCACUAGUGGUAUUUUAUGUAUUUUACUUUAGUGGCUUAUUGUGUUUUGUGAAAUCAGUUUAAAAUGUUUUGUUUGAUGUUCUGAAUUUGUUCUGAGAUGUUUCCAGCCUUCUUGUUUUUUGUUUUUUUUACGCACCAAGUAAUCAAACGCUAAGUCCGCUUCUAAAGUAGUAAAAAAAACUGUAAUUUAGGUUUAGCAAUUAAAUCGCGCGCGCAUUUUCAACGUUACUGUUCGAUCCAACGUUUAUUAAAAGUUUUCACGUGUUUCGUUUUCCUUCGGAUUCGUUUUCAUUGUUGUAGUUGCUUUGUUAUAACCGAUAUAUAAAUGUUUAAUGCUAUAAAACUGUGGUUUAUGCUGUGACGAACUUAAUUUAAGGACAGGAUUCCAUCAACGUUUAUCAAAUAAUCUUGAAAUAUUAAUUUGCUAUUUUAUUAAAAUAAUUUCCAGAGACACCAUAUAACUUGUUGCGUAGGUGAAAAGUUCGUAGCUAUUGCAAUGGCAGCACGAACGAUGGAGUCUUUAACCCCAAUGAAUACUUUUUUUUGAAAUUUAUGGCUUCAUAAAGAAUCCAUAUUAUUGUUUUCUUUUUAGACUAUUUACUAUGCUGUUGUUGAUCAGUUGCAAUAGAUGACUGUUUUGAUCCUUGUUCUAAAAAAAAUAGUCAGAUGUUUUGAUCCUUGUUCUACAAAUAAAAAUAAUAUAGUGAGAUGUUUGAUCCUUGUUCUACAAAUACAAAAUAUAGUGAGAUGUUUUGAUCCUUGUUCUAAAAAUAUAGUGAGAUGUUUUGAUCCUUGUUCUAAAAAAUAGUGAGAUGUUUUGAUCCUUGUUCUACAAAUAAAAAUAAUAUAGUGAGAUGUUUGAUCCUUGUUCGACAAAUACAAAAUAUAUUGAGAUGUUUGGAUCCUUGUUCUACAAAUAAAAAAUAUAUUGAGAUGUUUUGAUCCUUGUUCUACAAAAAGAAUAUAGUGUGAUGUUUGAUCCUUGUUCUAUAAAUCAAAAAUAUAGUGAGAUGUUUUGAUCUUUGUCAACAAAUCAAAGAUGUAGUGAGAUGUUUUAAUCCUUGUUCUACAAAUACAAAAUAUAGUGAGUUGUUUUGAUCCUUGUUCUACAAAUACAAAAUGUAGUGAGAUGUUUUGAUCCUUGUCCUACAAAUACAAAAUGUAGUGAGUUGUUUUGAUCCUUGUCAACAAAUAAAAAUAUAGUGAGAUGUUUUGAU